AUGCACGAAUCCAAACAAAAACCUAAGGGGGCCCCGAGGGGGCCCCCUGGGGGCCCCCCCAGGGAUGAAGUCAGCGGUUUCUUCGUAGUACUAGGAACGUAUGAAGGAGGAGUUGCCGGCUAUAGAAUAAACCCUGCUGCUGCUGCUGCUGCUAGGCAGCAGCAGCAGCAGCAGCAACAACAACAACAACAACAGGAAGAAGGAUAUUCUCGAGUGUUUGCUGUUAAUGCACAUCGCGGCGCUGUUUCUUCUUUGUGUUUUGUUGGCUCCACCCUCAUCUCAGGCGGAACGGACGAGAGCCUGAAGUUUUAUGAUUUGAGCGCAAUGAAGGAGAAGGGUUUGAUGAUGCUCAGCUCAGGUUGA